AUGCCGCCGCACUACAUUUGGCCCGCCGCGGUGGUGUCCCAAGUUCAAUACCUGUGGUUCGUCUUGGCUGAACGCGUCACAGGCAAGUCGGUACUUGUACUCGAUAACAUCAAGUCUCAUGACAGUGACGAAGUCAAUGAGACGGCAGCCUUGGGGUACGACCGCCAUAUGCGGGACCUAUGGAUUGCCGAAGACAUGGUCAGCGACAACAGUGAAGACAACGACAUAGACUGGAUGUCACCAGCGGCUGACAUCACGCAGUGA